AUGGCUACUGUAUUGCGUGACUCGGGUGAACUGAUCCAGUGUUUAGAGAAUAUUGAGCCACUUGCUAAUUGCCUUCUAGUUGGGGUGGAUGUGUCAUCACUUUAUCCGAACAAUGACCCAAAGUAGGCUAUUAUUGCUCUUAACCACUUGUUUAGAGAGGGCAAGGUGAGGCUCAAACACCUCUCUUGGUUUCAGUUGACACCACUUAAGGUUUGAGAAUAAUUUCCGAAUUUAGCAGUGGCAUAUACCAUCAAAUGUUUGGGUUACCAAUGGGCACCCCCUUUACUAGUCUCACUUGCAGCUGUUUUUUGGAUGUCACGUAACAUUCCUCACAUCCAAGUAAUGGCUAGAAUGUUGCGUGACAUCAAAAGGUUAUUUAUUGUCAUGAGAGAGACAGUAUCGAGUUUUACUCUUGACAAUUUUCUUUGCCUUUACAAAUGCUUUUUUGAUGAUAAAUUUGCCCUUUGGGAUGGCCCAAAGAAGAACCUCCUAGAAUUUAUUGGUGCUAUUUAUACUUAGGAUGAAUGCCUUAAGAUAACAGUCAAAAUUAACUAUUAUCAGAUAUUGUUUCUACAAAUGCUACUUUUUAAAGAUUUUGUUCAUAACAUGCUACAGUACUCUACCUUUCAGAAACCGCUUAACACGUAAUUAUAUAUACCUGCCCUUAUGACCCAUUUCACCCUGCCAGCUACCAGAAAGCUCAUCAAGGGCGCUUUGUCACACUAGAAAUAGCUCAACUUUUUACUCAUUCAAUGAAACACGUACGCAUUUCUGGAAACACUUGUGCCUUUGGGGUUAUCCAGCUAAGUUUCUACUUCCUCCUGUAAGGGAGAUUAACUUAAGCAACAGAAAAUAAUGUUUUGCUAAGCCAAAUGGGGUACGUUUGUAAUUGCAGGCAUGUUAGAAUCAAAAACGUUAUUUUUAUAAACAUCUCCCAAACCUUAGUUCUACACAGUAGUAAAAGUAUUUUUGCAUGGUUCUAUUUGCAUGUUUACCAGUUUUUACAAAAAUUAAAUCUAAAAAUCUUGUUUAAUUUUGACCUACGGUAAUUCUGGGAUUGAAAGUGUUAUUCUUUUUUCUGAUUUCUUUGCAGAAAGAUGAGUGAUCUGUGGAUUGAUUGUAUAUUGGAUGAAGGAAAUCACUCUACUUCACUCCAGAUCAAGCUCAAAAGGAAAACAAGGAGGAACAAAUUGAAAGCGAAGGUAGAGAGUUUAGUUGUUAUAUCUUACUAGCUGUUUCAAAAUCAAGGCACCUAAGAUGGUCUGAAUUUUUGUCUAGCCGUAACCUACGAAUAAGAAUAGAGAGCUCUAAGUUAUAGCACAAAGGUGAAAACAGAGCAGAGCGCAUUAAGUUUAUCAUCACAAACAAACACAAUAAAAUGAGCACUAAGUUGCACCAUUACAAGCAAACACAGAACAAAGCACACUGAGUUAUAUUACCACAAAGAAAAACACAAUACCGUGCCAACUAAGUUGUAGCACAGAACAUAUGUGCUGGUCUUCUUUAAACUUCAUUUAAUUGACUGCGAUGCCACGAAAAUCACUCCUUAAUGCCUAUCAAAUCAAUCUAAUGUAAUAUGGAUAUUUUUAGUCCAAUUCGAUGCAAUCCAAGUUUUCACAGAAUCUAGAACAAGAUCUUGAAAGAAUCUGUGUCAAGAAACUGACAAGAUCUUGCAACAAUCUUGUGGCAAGAAUUCCGGCAAGGAUCUUGCCGAGAAUCUUGGAGGAAAUCCAAGGCAGAAAUUUUGAUGAAAAGCCUGGCGGGGAUCUUGGAGAAAUUCUUGGCGGAAAAUCUUGUCAGGAACGUAAAAAAAUCUAGAUGGAAAUCGUUUUGGGGAUUUCACCAAGAUUCUCGGUAACCCAGGCAUGAAUGUUAAAGGAAAUUCUAGAGGGGAUCUUAUAACAAUUUCAUGUCAACAAUCUUGUGUGAAUCUUGUUUCAGGAAUUCAAGAUCUUGUACAAUCUUUCUUAAGGAAUCUUACUUGAACAGUGCAUAGGGCAGUGUUCAGUGAAAAAAAGUGGUUUUUUUGGCUCCAAAUGUUUGCUACCUAGCUAUUUUUUAAACCUUAUUUUAAUCAUUUACCUCUUUACACAGAGUUUAAUUAUAAAUCAUCACCCCUCCACUCCAAAGGAGGAUUAUAGAAUCUGUGGUCAAAAUCCUAUCGUGUGACAAUUCAAAACAAACCUCUUGUACCUCUUGGUACUAUGUAUUUCGAAUGCAGUUUCAACUUUUGAGUUUGUGUUCAAAAUCCGAUGGUGUGACCAUUCAAAUGAAAUCUCUUCAGCAGUACCUUUACAUGGUACUAUUUUUGCCACUUUGGAAGUGAAAGGGUGUAGUACUUAGUCGUGUCUCUAAUUUCAUUGCAGAACGAGGAAGCUGUAGGAGAUAAUCAAAGACUGGAAAAGAAACCCAACGGAGUUCAUCCGAAAUCAAGAUCUCCUGGAAGACUUAGAGGAACUACAAGUGCUGUAGCUCAAAGCAGAGGUACAUGUAGCUAGGUUAGUUGUUUACAGCGGCCCGAACCUAUUUAUAUGUGAUGGUUAUGUAUUUAAUUUCGUUUUUAUCGUAUGUAGUUCUUUUUGUAGUGCUAACGCUAUUUGCUGUAUGUUUCUCUUACCCCUUGUUCCCCUUGUUACCCCUUGUUACCCUUUCUCCACCCUUGUUACCCCUUGUUAUCCCUUUUUACCCUUGUUACCCUUUUUUCCCUUGUUACCCUUGUUACCCCUUGUUACCCUUGUUACCCCUUGUUACCCUUGUUACCCCUUGUUACCCUUGUUACCCUUGUUACCCCUUUGUUACCCCUUGUUACCCUUUUACCCCUUGUUACCCCUUGUUACCCUUUGUUACCCUUGUUACCCCUUGUUACCCUUGUUACCCCUUGUUACCCUUGUUACCCCUUGUUACCCCUUGUUACCCUUGUUACCCCUUGUUACCCCUUGUUACCCUUGUUACCCUUGUUACCCCUUGUUACCCCUUGUUACCCCUUGUUACCCCUUGUUACCCCUUGUUACCCUUGUUACCCCUUGUUACCCCUUGUUACCCCUUGUUACCCCUUGUUACCCUUGUUACCCCUUGUUACCCCUUGUUACUUGUUACCCUUGUUACCCCUUGUUACCCUUGUUACCCCUUGUUACCCCUUGUUACCCUUGUUACCCUUGUUACCCUUGUUACCCCUUGUUACCCCUUGUUACCCUUGUUACCCCUUGUUACCUUUGUUACCCUUGUUACCCCUUGUUACCCUUGUUACCCCUUGUUACCCCUUGUUACCCUUGUUACCCCUUGUUACCCUUGUUACCCCUUGUUACCCUUGUUACCCUUGUUACCCCUUGUUACCCUUGUUACCCCUUGUUACCCUUGUUACCCUUGUUACCCUUUUUUACCCUUGUUACCCUUGUUACCCUGUUACCCUUGUUACCCCUUGUUACCCCUUGUUACCCUUGUUACCCUUUUGUUACCCUUGUUACCUUUUGUUACCCUUUGUUACCCCUUGUUACCCCUUGUUACCCUUGUUACCCCUUGUUACCCUUGUUACCCUUGUUACCCUUGUUACCCUUGUUACCCCUUGUUACCCUUGUUACCCUUUGUUACCCCUUGUUACCCUUGUUACCCUUGUUACCUUGUUACCCCUUGUUACCCUUGUUACCCUUGUUACCCCUUGUUACCUCCUGUUACCCUUGUUACCCUUGUUACCCCUUGUUACCCUUGUUACCCUUGUUACCCUUGUUACCCUUGUUACCCUUGUUACCCUUGUUACCCUUGUUACCCCUUGUUACCCCUUGUUACCCUUGUUACCCUUGUUACCCUUGUUACCCUUGUUACCCUUGUUACCCUUGUUACCCCUUGUUACCCUUGUUACCCUUGUUACCCCUUGUUACCCUUUGUUACCCCUUGUUACCCUUGUUACCCCUUGUUACCCCUUGUUACCCCUUGUUACCCUUGUUACCCCUUGUUACCCCUUGUUACCCCUUGUUACCCCUUGUUACCCCUUGUUACCCCUUGUUACCCUUGUUACCCCUUGUUACCCUUGUUACCCCUUGUUACCCUUGUUACCCCUUGUUACCCUUGUUACCCCUUUUACCCUUGUUACCCCUUGUUCCCCUUGUUACCCCUUGUUACCCUUGUUACCCCUUGUUACCCUUGUUACCCCUUGUUCCCUUGUUACCCCUUUGUUACCCCUUGUUACCCUUGUUACCCCUUGUUACCCUUGUUACCCUUGUUACCCUUGUUACCCUUGUUACCCUUGUUACCCUUGUUACCCCUUGUUACCCCUUGUUACCCUUGUUACCCCUUGUUACCCUUGUUACCCCUUGUUACCCUUGUUACCCUUGUUACCCCUUGUUACCCUUGUUACCCCUUGUUACCCCUUGUUACCCCUUGUUACCCUUGUUACCCUUGUUACCCCUUGUUACCCUUGUUACCCCUUGUUACCCCUUGUUACCCCUUGUUACCCCUUGUUUCCCCUUGUUACCCUUGUUACCCUUGUUACCCCUUGUUACCCCUUGUUACCUUUGUUACCCUUGUUACCCUUGUUACCCCUUUUGUUACCCUUGUUACCCCUUGUUACCCUUGUUACCCCUUGUUACCCUUUGUUACCCCUUGUUACCCUUGUUACCCUUGUUACCCCUUGUUACCCUUGUUACCCUUGUUACCCCUUGUUACCCUUUUACCCUUGUUACCCUUGUUACCCCUUGUUACCCUUGUUACCCCUUGUUACCCUUUGUUACCCUUGUUCCCUUGUUACCCCUUGUUACCCUUGUUACCCCUUGUUACCCUUGUUACCCUUGUUACCCUUGUUACCCCUUGUUACCCUUGUUACCCCUUGUUACCCUUGUUACCCUUGUUACCCCUUGUUACCCUUGUUACCCCUUGUUACCCCUUGUUACCCUUGUUACCCUUGUUACCCCUUGUUACCCCUUGUUACCCUUGUUACCCCUUGUUACCCUUGUUACCCUUGUUACCCCUUGUUACCCUUGUUACCCUUGUUACCCUUGUUACCCUUGUUACCCUUGUUACCCUUGUUACCCCUUGUUACCCUUGUUACCCCUUGUUACCCUUGUUACCCUUGUUACCCCUUGUUACCCUUGUUACUUACCCUUGUUACCCUUGUUACCCCUUGUUACCCUUGUUACCCCUUGUUACCCUUGUUACCUUUUGUUACCCCUUGUUACCCUUGUUACCCUUGUUACCCCUUGUUACCCUUGUUACCCCUUGUUACCCUUGUUACCCUUGUUACCCCUUGUUACCCUUGUUACCCCUUGUUACCCUUGUUACCCUUGUUACCCUUGUUACCCUUGUUACCCCUUGUUACCCUUGUUACCCUUGUUACCCUUGUUACCCUUGUUACCCCUUGUUACCCUUGUUACCCUUGUUACCCCUUGUUACCCCUUGUUACCCCUUGUUACCCUUGUUACCCUUGUUACCCUUGUUACCCCUUGUUACCCCUUGUUACCCUUGUUACCCCUUGUUACCCUUGUUACCCCUUGUUACCUUUGUUACCCCUUGUUACCCUUGUUACCCCUUGUUACCCUUGUUACCCUUGUUACCCUUUGUUACCCUUGUUACCCUUGUUACCCUUGUUACCCCUUGUUACCCUUGUUACCCCUUGUUACCCUUGUUACCCUUGUUACCCUUGUUACCCCUUGUUACCCCUUGUUACCCUUGUUACCCUUGUUACCCUUGUUACCCUUGUUACCCCUUGUUACCCUUGUUACCCUUGUUACCCCUUGUUACCCUUGUUACCCCUUGUUACCCCUUGUUACCUUUGUUACCCUUUGUUACCCUUGUUACCCUUGUUACCCUUGUUACCUUUGUUACCCUUGUUACCCUUGUUACCCUUGUUACCCUUGUUACCCCUUGUUACCCUUGUUACCCUUGUUUACCUUGUUGUUACCCUUUGUUACCUUUUGUUACCUUUGUUACCCUUGUUACCCCUUUUUACCCUUGUUACCCCUUGUUACCCUUAUUACCCUUGUUACCCCUUGUUACCCUUUGUUACCCCUUGUUACCCUUGUUACCCCUUGUUACCCCUUGUUACCCUUGUUACCCUUGUUACCCCUUGUUACCCCUUGUUACCCUUGUUACCCUUGUUACCCCUUGUUACCCCUUGUUACCCCUUGUUACCCCUUGUUACCCUUGUUACCCUUGUUUCCCCUUGUUACCCUUGUUACCCCUUGUUACCCCUUGUUGCCCCUUGUUACCCUUGUUACCCCUUGUUACCCUUUCUUGCCCUUGUUACCCUUCUUACCCUUUGUUACCCCUUGUUACCCCUUGUUACCCUUGUUACCCUUGUUACCCCUUGUUACCCUUUGUUACCCUUGUUACCCUUUUUACCCUUUGUUACCCCUUGUUACCCUUGUUACCAUUGUUACCCUUUUUACCCUUGUUACCCUUAUACCCCCCCCCUUGUUACCCUUGUUUACCCUUUUUUACCCCUUGUUACCCCUUGUUACCCCUUGUUACCUUUGUUACCCCUUGUUACCCCUUGUUACCCUUGUUACCCUUGUUUACCCUUGUUACCCUUUGUUACCCCUUGUUACCUUUUGUUACCCCCUUUUACCCUUUUACCUUUUGUUACCCUUGUUACCCUUGUUACCCUUGUUACCCUUGUUACCCCUUGUUACCCUUGUUACCCCUUUUUUACCUUUUGUUGCCCCUUGUUACCCCUUGUUACCCUUGUUACCCUUGUUACCCCUUGUUACCCUUGUUACCCCUUGUUACCCUUGUUACCCUUUGUUACCCUUGUUACCUUUUGUUACCCUUGUUACCCUUGUUACCCUUGUUACCUUUGUUACCCCUUUGUUACCCUUGUUACCCUUGUUACCCUUUGUUACCCUUUUGUUACCCCUUGUUACCCCUUGUUACCCUUGUUACCCCUUGUUGCCCCUUGUUACCCUUGUUGCCCCUUGUUGCCUUUGUUACCCCUUGUUACCUUUUGUUACCCCUUGUUACCCCUUGUUACCCCUUGUUACCCUUGUUACCCCUUGUUACCCUUGUUACCCCUUUUUACCCUUUUGUUACCCUUUUUGUUACCCCUUGUACCCCUUGUUACCCUUGUUACCCUUGUUACCCUUGUUACCCCUUGUUACCCUUGUUACCCUUGUUACCCUUGUUACCCUUGUUACCCUUGUUACCCCUUGUUACCCCUUGUUACCCUUGUUACCCUUGUUACCCCUUGUUACCCCUUGUUACCCUUGUUACCCCUUGUUACCCUUGUUACCCUUGUUACCCUUGUUACCCCUUGUUACCCUUGUUACCCCUUGUUACCCUUGUUACCCCUUGUUACCCUUGUUACCCCUUUUUACCCUUUUUUUACCCCUUGUUACCCCUUUUUCCCCUUUUUACCCCUUGUUACCCUUGUUACCCCUUGUUACCCUUGUUACCCCUUGUUACCCCUUGUUACCCUUGUUACCCCUUGUUACCCCUUGUUACCCUUGUUACCCCUUGUUACCCUUGUUUGUUACCCUUGUUACCCCUUGUUACCCCUUGUUACCCCUGUUACCCCUUGUUACCCUUGUUACCCUUGUUACCCCUUGUUACCCUUGUUACCCCUGUUACCCCUUGUUACCCCUUGUUACCCUUGUUACCCCUUGUUACCCUUGUUACCCCUUGUUACCCUUGUUACCCCUUGUUACCCCUUGUUACCCUUUGUUCCCCUUGUUACCCUUGUUACCCCUUGUUACCUUUUGUUACCCUUGUUACCCCUUGUUACCCCUUGUUACCCUUGUUACCCCUUGUUACCUUUGUUACCCUUUGUUACCGCUUGUUACCCUUGUUAGCUCUUGUUACCCUUUUUACCCUUGUUAUCCCUUGUUACUCUUGUUAUCCCUUUCUACCCUUUUUACGCCUUGUUACCCUUGCUAACCCUUGCUAACUCUUGUUACCCCUUUUUACCCUUGUUACCCCUUGUUACCCUUUUUACCCCUUGUUACCCUUGUUACCCCUUUUUACCCUUCUAUACCCUUGUUACCCUUUACCCUUGUUACCCUUGUUACCCCUUGUUACCCUUUGUUACCCUUUGUUACCCCUUGUUACCCCUUUGUUACCCCUUAUUUACCCUUGUUACCCCUUGUUACCCCUUUGUUACCCUUUGUUACCCCUUCUUUACCCUUGUUCCCCUUUUUUACCCUUUUUACCCUUGUUACCCUUUUUACCCUUUUUCCCCUUUUUCCCCUUGUUUCCCCUUUUUACCCCUUGUUACCCUUGUUACCCUUGUUACCCUUGUUACCCUUGUUACCCCUUGUUACCCUUGUUACCCUUGUUACCCCUUGUUACCCUUGUUACCCCUUGUUACCCUUUUUACCCCUUGUUACCCUUGUUACCCUUGUUACCCUUGUUACCCUUGUUACCCUUGUUACCCUUUGUUACCCCUUGUUACCCUUGUUACCCCUUGUUACCCUUGUUACCCUUGUUACCCCUUGUUACCCUUUGUUACCCCUUGUUACCCUUGUUACCCUUGUUACCCUUGUUACCCCUUGUUACCCUUGUUACCUUCCUUGUUACCCUUGUUACCCUUGUUACCCUUGUUACCCCUUGUUACCCUUGUUACCCCUUGUUACCCCUUGUUGCCCCUUGUUACCCCUUGUUACCCCUUGUUACCCCUUGUUACCCUUGUUACCCCUUGUUACCCUUGUUACCCUUGUUACCCCUUUUUACCUUUGUUACCCCUUGUUACCCUUGUUACCCUUGUUACCCCUUGUUACCCUUGUUACCCCUUGUUACCCUUGUUACCCUUGUUACCCCUUGUUACCCUUGUUACCCUUGUUACCCUUGUUACCCUUGUUACCCUUGUUAUCCCCUUGUUACCCUUGUUACCCCUUGUUACCCCUUGUUACCCUUGUUACCCUUGUUACCCUUUUUGUUACCCUUGUUACCCUUGUUACCCCCUCUUGUUACCCUUUUUACCCCUUUGUUACCCCUUGUUACCCUUGUUACCACUUGUUACCCCUUGUUACCCUUGUUACCCUUGUUACCCCUUGUUACCCUUGUUACCCUUUGUUACCCCUUGUUACCCUUGUUACCCUUUUACCCUUGUUACCCCUUGUUACCCCUUGUUACCCUUGUUACCCUUGUUACCCCUUGUUACCCUUGUUACCCCUUGUUACCCUUGUUACCCUUUGUUACCCUUGUUACCCUUGUUACCCUUUGUUACCCUUGUUACCCCUUGUUACCCCUUGUUACCCUUGUUACCCCUUGUUACCCUUGUUACCCCUUGUUACCCCUUGUUACCCUUUUUACCCUUGUUACCCUUGUUACCCCUUGUUACCCUUUUUACCCCUUGUUUCCCCUUGUUACCCUUGUUUACCCCUUGUUACCCUUGUUACCCCUUGUUACCCUUUGUUACCCUUGUUACCCUUGUUACCCUUGUUACCCCUUGUUACCCCUUGUUACCCCUUGUUACCCCUUGUUACCCUUGUUACCCCUUGUUACCCCUUGUUACCCUUUGUUACCCCUUGUUACCCUUGUUACCCCUUGUUACCCUUGUUACCCCUUGUUACCCCUUGUUACCCUUUUACCCCUUACCCCUUGUUACCCCUUGUUACCCCUUGUUACCCCUUGUUACCCUUGUUACCCCUUGUUACCCCUUGUUACCCUUGUUACCCCUUGUUACCCCUUGUUACCCCUUGUUACCCUUGUUACCCCUUGUUACCCCUUUUUACCCUUGUUACCCCUUGUUACCUUUGUUACCCCUUGUUACCCUUGUUACCCCUUCUUAACCUUGUUACCCCUUGUUACCCUUGUUACCCAUUGUUACCCCUUGUUAUCUUUCUUACCUUUUUUUACCCCUUGUUACCCCUUGUUACCUUUGUUACCCUUGUUACCCUUGUUACCCUUGUUACCCUUGUUACCCUUGUUACCCCUUGUUACCCUUGUUACCCCUUGUUACCCCUUGUUACCCCUGUUACCCUCGUUACCCUUGUUACCCCUUGUUACCCCUUCUUACCCUUGUUACCCCUUCUUACCCUUGUUACCCUUGUUACCCCUUCCUACCCUUGUCACCCCUUGUUACCCUUUUUACCCCUUGUUACCCCUUGUUACCCCUUUUACCCCUUGUUACCCUUGUUACCCUUGUUACCCCUUCCUACCCUUGUUACCCCUUCCUACCCUUGUCACCCCUUGUUACCCUUUUUACCCCUUGUUACCCCUUAUUACCCUUGUUACCCUUGUUACCCCUUCCUACCCUUGUUACCCCUUGUUGCCCCUUGUUACCCUUGUCACCCCUUGUUACCCUUUUUACCCCUUUUUACCCCUUGUUACCCCUUGUUACCCCUUUUACCCCUAGUUACCCUUGUUACCCUUGUUACCCUUGUUACCUUCGUUACCCUUGUUACCCCUUGUUACCCCUUGUUACCCUUGUUACUUUUGUUACCCUUGUUACCCCUGGUUACCCUUGUUUCCCAUUUUUACCCCUGGUUACCCUUGUUACCCAUUCUUACCCUUGUUACCCCUUGUUACCUUUUUUACUUUUGUUACCCCUUGUUACCCUUGUUACCCCUUCUUACCCUUGUUACCCUUGUUACCCCUUGUUACCCUUGUUAUCCCUUGUUACCCUUGUUACCUUUGUUACCCUUGUUACCCCUUCUUACCCUUGUUACCCUUGUUACCCUUGUUCCCCUUGUUACCCUUGUUACCCCUUGUUACCCCUUGUUACCCUUGUUACCCUUUGUUACCCUUGUUACGCCUUGUUACCCCUUGUUACCCCUUAUUACCCUUGUUACCCCUAGUUACCCUUGUUACCCCUUGUUAUUUUUUUUACCCUUGUAACCCCUUGUUACCCUUGUUACCCCUUCUUACCCUUGUUACCUUUGUUACCCCUUGUUACCCUUGUUACCCCUUGUUACCCUUGUUACCCUUUGUUACCUUUGUUACCUUUGUUGCCCCUUUUAACCCUUGUUACCCUCGUUACCGCUUAAUGCCCUUGUUACCCCUUGUUACCUUUGUUACCCCUUCUUACCCUUGUUACCCCUUGUUACCUUUGUUACCCCUUGUUACCCUUGUUACCCCUUCUUAAAUUUGUAACCCCUUGUUUCCUUGUUACCCCUUGUUACACCUUGUGACCCCUGGUUACCUUUGUUAGCCUUGUUACCCCUUGUUACCCUUGUUACCCCUUGUUACCCCUUGUUACCCCUUGUUACCCGUUGUUACCCCUUGUUACCCUUGUUACCCUUGGUAGCCCUGUUACCCCUUGUUACCCCUUGUUACCCCUGUUACCCUUUUUUUCCCUAGUUACCUUUGUUAUCCUUGUUACCCCUUUUACCCUUGUUACCCCUUGUUACUCGUUGUUACUCUUGUUACCCUUUUCACCCUUUGUUACCCCUUGUUACCCCUGUAACCGCUUGUUACCCUUGUAACCCCUUUUACACCUUGUUACCUCUUGUAACCCUUAUCACCCCUUAUUACCCUUGUUACCCUUUCUUACCCUUCUUACCCCUGGUUACCCUUGUUAUUCUUGUUACCGUUGUUACCCCUUCUUACUUUUGGUACCCCUGUUACCCCUAGUUACCAUUGUUGCCCCUUUUUAACCUUCUUACCCUUGUUACCUCUUGUUAUUGUUAGCCUUGUUACCCCUUCUUACCCUCGUUACCCUUGUUACCCCCAUUUACCCUUUUUACCCCAUGUUGCCCUUGUUACCCUUGUUACACGUUCUUACCCUUGUUACCCCUUGUUACCCUUGUUACCCUUGUCACCCCUUGUUACCCUUGUUACCCCUUGUUACCCUUUUUACCCUUGUUACCCCUUGUUACCCUUAUUACCGUUGUUACCCCUGUUACCCCUUGUUACUCUUGUUACCCCUUUUUAACCUUGUUACCCCUUGUAACCCUUGUCACCCCUUGUUACCCUUUUUUCUCCUUGUUACCCUUGUUACGCCUUGUUACUCCCAUUUAGCCCUUGUUACCCUUGUUACCCCUUGUUACCCUAGUUAUUUGUUCUUACCCUUGUUACCCCUUGUUACCUUUGUUCUCCUUGUUACCCGUUGUUACCCUUGUUACCUCUUGUUACCUCUUUUACCCUUGUUACCCCUUAUUACCCUUGUUACCCCUUCUUAUUCUCAUUAUCCCUUGUUACCUUUGUUACCCUUAGUACCUCUUGUUACCCUUGUUACCCCUUGUUACCCCUUUUUUUUCUUGUUACCCCUUGUUACCCUUGUUUCCCUUGUUACCCUUGUUGCCCUUGUUACCCUUGUUGCCCUUGUUACCCCUUGUUACCCCUUUUUACCCUUGUUACCCCGUGUUACCCUUGUACCCCUUGUUUCUCCUUGUUACCCUUAUUACCCCAUUUGCUCCUUGCUACCCUUGUUACCCCUGUUUAAGCUUGUUACCUCUUUUAACCCUUGUUACCCCUUGUUACCCUUAUUACCCCUGUUACCCCUUGUGACCCUUGUUACCCCUUUUCUAGCUUGUUACCCCUUGUAACCGUUGUUACCGUUGUUAACCUUUGUUACCCCUUGUUACCCGUUUUAUCCGUUUUUACCCCUUUUUAACCUUGAUACCUCUUGUUACCGUUGUUACCCCUUGUUACCCUUGUUACCCGUUGUUACCCUUUUUUCCCUUGUUACCCCUUGUUACUCCUUGUUACUCUUGUUACCCUUGGUACCCCUUGUUUCCUUUGUCACCCUGGUUACCCGUUGUUACCCUUGUUACCCGUUGUUACCCCUUGUUACCGUUAUUACCCUUUGUUACCCCUUGUUACCGUUUUUACCCCUUGUUACCCUUGUUAGCCUUGUUACCCCUUGGUAUCCUUGUUACCCCUUGUUACCCUUGUUACCCUUUGUUACUCUUAUUACCCUUGUUACCCCUUGUUACCUUUCUUACCCUUUUCCCCCUUGUUACCCCUUUUCCCGCUUUUUUUUUCUUGUUACCCCUUUUUACCGUUUGUUACCUUUGUUACCCUUUGUUAUCCUUGUUACCUUUGGAUACGCUUGUUACCCCUUGUUAUCCCUUGUUACGCUUGUUACCCCUAGUUACCUCUUUUUACCCUUGUUACUUAUUUUACCCCUUUGUACCCUUGUUACCUCUUUUUAACCUUGGUUCUCCUUUUUACCCUUGUCAUUCCUUUUUACCCUUUUUACCCCUUUUUACCCUUUGUUACCACUUGUUACCCUCUUGUUACUUCUUGUUCCCCCUUGUUACCCUUGUUACCUCUUGUUACCGCUUGUUACCCUUGUUACCGCUUGUUACCCUUGUUAGCCUUGUUACCCCUUCUUACCCUUGUUACCCCUUUUUACCCCUUGUUACCCUUGUUACCCCCUGUUACCCUUUUUACCCCAUUUUGCCCUUGUUACCCUUGUUACACUUUCUUACCCUUGUUACCCCUUUUUACCGUUGUUACCCUUGUCACCCCUUGUUACCCUUGUUACCCCUUUGUUACCCUUGUUACCCUUGUUACCCCUUGUUACCCUUAUUACCCUUGUUACCCCUGUUACCCCUUGUUCCUCUUGUUACCCCUUUUUAUUCUUUGUUACCUUUGUUACGUGUUGUUUCCCUCUUUACCCCUUGUUACUUUUUUUCCCCGUUUUACCCCUUUUUUUCUUGUUACCCCUUGGUACCCCUUGUUUCCCUUGUGACCCUUGUAUCAAUUGGUAACAAGAAUUUCUGAAGUGACCGCUGAGACGGUGGGUUGAUUGUCUCGAUUGCCUGCUUAUAAGUAGUGCUCAAUACCACUUUUUAGUGACAAACAAACAGACGGCGAAUAAUGUUAACCAGAACCGACGCAUACUCUGAAGAAGACUGUUGCAUUCUUCGACGUCACAGCUAACUGAGGUGUGUAUUCUGCAACCAUGGGUACUACCAGGAGCUCUGAUUGUAAUGCGUCUUAAGGUUUAAGUCCACUGCUCUCAAACUAAGUACCUUUGGACUGAUUGUCUAUGGUGACUACAAACAAAUAUCUUUUAAACCUGGCACGCUCUAGACUGCUACGUUUUAACGGCAAACAGUUCAAACAGUUGCAGGGUACAGAUAACGGCUCUUAUGUUCCGUUCAGCAUUAUAAAAGAUAAGUUGUUAAAAACAUUGAGGAACAAGCACUUGACAACACGCGGCGUUGUAUUAAAAAGGAACCACGACUCUGCACUAUGCCUUACUAACAGCUAAUUCAACUUCAUCCGACUGCUGCCGAAGAUGACUCGACCCGACUCGUGCCAACGAUUACUCCCAUCCGACUGCAACCGAAGAUGACUCGAGUCGACUCAUAACGGCUAUUACUCCAUCCGACUGGUGCCGACGAUUACUCGACCCCACGCGUAGCGACCGACUACCUUUGUCUCAUUUUCAACACGGAAGUAAUUUUCAUAAAGGAACGAUUACACGAACUUCAACGAGGGGAAUACAGCUGGACUGCAACCGCACAAACCAAGGAAUUGCUAUUCCAACGAUCAAAUUACUGAGCACCAAUUACUAACGAACGAUAUCAUUGACUUGGACUCUGCUCAGAAUAUUGCGUAUUCUACAUACAGCAUGAUGGCUUCCAAUGACUUUCUUGCUAGAAAGCUGAAUUACAAACAAACCAAAAGACGAAUUAUGGUCUACUGGAAACUUAAUCGACGCUAUCAAGUUGGCACAGAUAUCUGAGAACCACGAACCAGUGUGAAACACUUUUCCUCGCUCUCGUGGUGCAUUAGUUGGCCUCAGGCCGAAAACACCAUUUUGAACUCCACUCUCAAGUUGCACCUACUACGGACGGCGUUAAGGAGAGGUCAUCCUCCUCUCCUCAUGUCUUCAUACUCUCUUCAGUACCAUGACAAGUACUGCAAACAGCUACAAAGUACAGCUUUGGACUCAUCUGGUGCUGUUGUUUUACAGAAGAAGAUAUUGUUUUGCAAAAUAUCGAAGAUCUAGCCCUUGCUGCUUCCACUGAAAAGUUCGACCUUGAAAACAGCUAGGAAGACCGAACAAACCACAUAGAAGUUCGUUUUUUUUUCAUAUCAAAUACGACCCUGUGUCUGCUUUUUCAGCAUGUGAUAAUCCAAAAACAGCUAACGCGAACAACCAAUUUUUUUUUCUGAUUUCCUUGCAGAAAGUUGAGCGAAUUUGAUGCUUAGAUGGUACAAUAAAGCAAGGGAGGAGCCAGGCAGCGCAGAGCAAGGAUCACACAGGAAGAUC